UUUUCAUUUUUUAUUCAAGAUAAUAUUUCAAAAUGCAAAUUUAAAUGCUUAAAUAGGUGCUUUGCAAGUAGCAGAGGCAUUUUCCUCGUUACCACUGAAUCGCGAUAAACUUUUAGUUGUGUGUAAAGCAUACUAUCAUUAUGUCAUUGCUGUUUUCAUUUAUGACCUGCUUGUUGAGCAUAAGUGUCAUUGUCGCUCAGCAAGGAGAGCCGAUGCGUUUUGAAGUUCCAAAAAUGAAUGAAGAAGAGCAGCAUUCAAUGCAUAUACCAAGUUCUUUUGAAAUGCGAUGCGACGCUUGUACAGCCGUGUCUUAUCAGUUGACAAGUCAUCUUAGACAGGCUGAAGAAAAAAAACCAUCUUCGAAGAAAAAAGGUUUAGUAGAGUCAGAGUAUCUGGAUGUCAUUGAAGAUGUUUGUGAAAAUGCCUGGGAAAAUUAUGGUAUCAAGACAGUGAAUGGAAUCAAUCGACUGAGUGGAGAGGGCUUAGAAGCAAAGGAGGCUGUUGGUAUGAUGCAAGGUGGUGGUAAAUGGCCAAACAGAUUACGAGAAAAGUGUUUGACAAUGGUUGGAGAUGUUGGAGAGGAUGACGUUUACCAUGAAUUUCGAAUAAGAGGCGAUUUGCACCAAUUUUUGUGCAAAGAGUUCACAGCAGAUUGUAUAAGAGAUCACCAUGUUGAGUUGUAGCAUUUAUAACUGGAAUGUUGAAAGUUUUAAUUGUUUUACUAUGCAUGCAUGGUUUUCUUUCUUUUCAAUGAAAAAUUGCUAUUUCCUUUAAUUUCGUAAAAAAGAUUUAUUGUUAGUUGUCAUAAAUGAAUUAUCACUUGUCAAUGUCACUGCA